AAAUCUCCCUAGAGUAGAAAAUUUCAGGUGCAACUCGUAAAAAUUAGAUAAUUCACUAAACGUAAACAUUUUAGCAUCGCAUCAUUGAGAUGACAUCAACUGAUGAUACGAGAUUCGAGAAGUUAAACGUUGAUAGACAUAUCCGAGUGAUUAAUUUCGGCAGUCGCAUGCUGGGUUGUCGUCUGCUAGACCCUAAUCCAGUGAAAGUGAAAAAAAUGGACGUACUUUUGCGGGCCUUCGUGAUGGGCGGCAUGUCCUACGUUCUAAUCCCGGGUUUAAUGGCAAUGGCAGAAUUCAUCGACGAUUUAAGUUACGUAGCUGAAAUAGGCAGCAACGUGUUAGGCGUGGUUGAAAGUGUCUGUUUCCUUGGCAAUAGUUACUAUCAAGAAUCGAAGUGCAGACACUUGGUGCAGAAAAUUUAUCGCGAGUUUUGGUCGAGCCCUUUGCCUCCAGAACUCUUGGAACACGUCCAAUCGUUCGAACGUAUUUCCAUCGGCAUAGGCCUCUACGUCUUCACGGUUUCUAUAUUAGCACUGACAUUCUAUAGUAGCAUACCUCCAAUCUUUCACAACUUUGAUUUGUACGGAGAUAUCAAUGCUAUGAGACGGACUCCCUUGAUCGGCAAAUACUUUUAUGACCAACGCGUGAGUCCUAACUACGAGAUAACGUAUGCUUGCCAGAUACUCGGCUCGUUUCUUACCGUAACGAGUUACGUUAUCCUUACUUCGAUCUACGCUUUCAUCUGCAUGCAUCUUUGUGCCAAACUUCGCUUACUUCAAGUGAGAUUAAGCAACAUCGACGCCUCGACGAGCAACGAAGAGUUUGCCGAAAUCGUCCGCGAGCAUCAAUACCUUAUUCGGUACACCGACGAACUCGAAGAUAUUUACUCCCCGGUUAUUCUGAUACACUUUGUUCUCAGUACUGGUCUCAUCUGCCUUGGUGUGGUCAAGGUAACUGGAUUACCAGUACAAGCCGGUGUGAUGGAACUCGUACUAUUCAUAAUGUACUUCGCUGCUUCUUUUUUCCAAAUAUUCGUAUUCUGUUGGAUGGCCCACGAAGUCUUUGUAAAGAGCGACGACUUGGCCAGAGCAAUCUACGAUUCUCGGUGGUACGAAGCAUCGAGGCAUCUCCAACGCGGGGUUCUUUUGAUACUCUUGCGUACUCAGAAACCAAACGUUUUGACAGCCGGAAAAUUUUUCCCUGUCACCAUGUCGAGUUUUGGUCUGCAGUACGGCUGUUUCUUACUACACGCUUCUAAUGUCAAUCCAAUAGAUUGUAAAAAUGCGAAUGAGCGAUGAUGACUCUUGCGUACUUGAUUGGUACUAUUGCAACAAGUGUGGAAAAAAAAUUCGCCAUGUAGCAAAU